GUGCUUGGUGGGGAGAUUUAGCUGCCUGUCUUCUGGUAACCUGAUGCAAGUCAUGUGUUAAAUACUUGUAUGUUCAGCUGAAAAGUCAGUUGUCCUUAUUCAAGCUUCUCUCAGGAAGAUCAUUGAGUCUACUGGGACCAAGAAGUGAGGGAGAAAACAUCAAGCCUUACAGCAGGGAUAUCUUUACAUUGCCUGCCUGCACCCUGACAAAGGAGAGGAAUGGCCUGUAACAGACACUGUGGGCUCCUCGUUGGGGCCGUCAUUGGUGCUGUGCUGGCUAUCUUUGGAGGAGUUCUGAUACCAGUUGGAGACAACAUUAUAGGCAAAGCAAUAAAAAAGGAAGCUAUUAUAGCAAAUGGUACAGCUGCUUUUCAAAAUUGGGUUGUGCCAGGAAGUGCAGUUUACAGGCAGUUUUGGAUUUUCCACGUACAAAAUCCUGCAGAGGUAAUAGGCCAAGGAGAACGUCCAAUACUUGAACAAAGAGGACCUUACACAUACAGGGUGCGAUAUUUACCCAAAGAAAAUAUCACUGAACACUCUGAUGGCACAAUAUCCUACAUGUUGCCUAAUGUUGCUCUUUUUGAACCUGAUAUGUCUGUUGGAACAGAAAAUGAUACCAUCACAUGCCUCAACCUUGCUGUUGUUGCUGCACCUGCCUUGUACACAAACACUUUUAUACAGCUACUAUUAAAUACUUGGAUUAAAGCUUCUAGGUCAACCAUGCUGCAGAACAGAACAGUGAAAGAAUUACUGUGGGGAUACAAAGAUCCCUUCUUAAGCAAGGUCCCGUUCCCCUUGGACCCAGUUGUGGGAGUCUUCUACCCGUAUAAUGAGACAUUGGAUGGACUUUACAAAGUCUAUACUGGGAAAGAAGAUAUUGAAAAAACAGCAAUAAUUGAAAGUUAUAAAAACAAAAGGAAUCUUUCAUACUGGGAAGGUUACUGUGAUUUGGUUAAUGGCACAGACGGAGCAUCAUUCCCACCGUUUGUUAAGAAGGACCAGAUACUGCGCUUCUUCUCCUCCGAUAUUUGCAGAUCAAUCUAUGGAGUUUUCCAUAGCAAGAAGGAAGUGAAGGGAAUCCCACUCUAUCGUUUCACAGUUCCUCGUCAGGCAUUUGCAUCGCCUGUGGAAGUUGAAGAUAAUUAUUGCUUCUGUACAGAUAAAGUCAUAUCACAGAACUGCACGUUAGCUGGAGUCUUAGACAUUAGUGCCUGCAAAGGAGGAAAACCGGUAUUCAUCUCACUGCCACAUUUUCUUCAUGCAAGUGAGUCUAUAUUGCAAGAAGUUGAAGGCUUGAGCCCAAAUGAGCAGGAGCACGAGACGUUUCUAGAUAUAGAGCCUACCUCUGGGUUUACACUACAAUUUGCAAAAAGGCUACAAGUAAACCUCCUUGUGAAGCCUGCACCAAAAAUUGAAGCUUUAUCAAGAGUUAAAAACCCUUAUGUUUUUCCUAUUCUUUGGCUAAAUGAGACUGCUGUUAUUGGGGAUGAGAAAGCAGAAAUGUUCAGGAAAAAAGUUGUCGGUCCUCUCCAGAUGCUGGGUGUGCUGCAGUUGGCGUUAAUGAUAGCAGGCUCCGUCCUCUUCUUCAUAUUCAUGGGUUCCUAUUUCAUAUGCAGAUUAAAUAAAUCCAAAUAGGUAACAAAAGUCUUCAGAGGUAGUCAAUAUUGAAUUGAAAUUUCAGCCAAGCAGCAUGUUAAAAUUCAGAUGCAAAAGGUAUGAUUCAAAGCACAGCCAGUCCACAUGCUAUGGAAUUCAACAUGCUUUUCCAUUUUGACCAGACCAACUAACUAACCCAAACAAGCUGAUGUUUCUAAAGGUCCACACUUCUGACGUCACUAGAGAGACCACCAUGGAAACUGAGCUUUCAAAUGACUUGGAUUAUUUGGACCUUGUUACAAAUUUUAAAUGACAUUCGAGAAGACUGAAUUUGAGGUGCAGUUGGAUUUUAGUCCACCUUCUGCAAUUUAUGCAACUUGCUACUUUUUUUUUUUCUUCUGGGAUUUUCAAGACAAAUGAAAGCCAUUUGCUGAUGUACUUUCUCUGAGCACAGGAUGGGAAUGACAACACCUUUGAGCUCAUGCUGUGAUCUAGAUGCUCUCAUUGCUAUGUUUCUUUCUGUUCCUUUAAGGAAUGGAAGCGGCUGUAGUAGCACUGUUCUUUGUCCUCUAUUCAGGGAUAAGAAUUGCAUUGAAUGUGAAGUUUAUUAUGUAAAGUUACUAACUCUAAUAUAUUAAAUUAAUAAACAAAUGACUUA